CGCGGCUGCGGCAGGGGGAGGAAGCGGCGAGAGGCCGCCAUGGCGCAGGGCGAGGGCCUGCUCUCCGUGGACUACGAGGUGUCCGGCAAGGUGCAGGGCGUUUUCUUCCGCAAGUACACCCAGGGGGAGGCCAAGAGGCUGGGACUCGUCGGUUGGGUCCAAAACACCAGCCACGGCACGGUGCAAGGGCAAAUCCAGGGUCCGACUGCCAGGGUGCGGGAGCUGCAGGAAUGGCUGAGGAAGACAGGAAGUCCCCAGUCCCGCAUCAGCCACGCCGAGUUCAGCAACGAGAAGGAGAUCGCGGCGCUGGAGCACAAGGAAUUCCAGAUUUUGAAGUAACUUCGCCCCGGGAAGAAGCCAAACCCGGAGCGUGAGGUGGCUUUGGCCCAGUGUUUCCCCGUCUUCUUUCUAGCCAGCUCUAGAGAACUCCCAGAAACGAUGGUAUUUUUGUUGCAGAGGUUUAUUUUAUUUUUGUUAGCCCGCCUUUAGAAUAAAAUCGCUUGGAGCUUU